UCGCCGCCUUUCGUGUGCAGAAGAGAAUUUCCCUUGAUGGAAAAACAGUAAAACUACUACUCCGCUCUCUCUCUCCAUCUAUCUGUCUAUCUAUAUAAUUUACCGAGAGAAGAUACCUACUUUUAGAGAUGGAAUCGAUGCCUGUAAAUUGGGAAGCUCUUGAUUCUCUGGUUGUCGAUUUUGCGAAAUCUGAAAACUUGAUAGAAGAUUCAAUCUCUUCUCCUUCUUCCUCUCCUUCUUCUCCCUCUUCCCCGUCGUCUUUGUCUUACCGCUCGCGUCUGCUAAUUCGCCAGAUCCGACGGUCACUGGAAAUCGGAGAUGUCGAUGCUGCUAUCAAUCUUCUUCGGAUCCAUGCUCCAUUUGUUCUCCAUGAUCAUCGACUUCUCUUUCGAUUGCAAAAGCAGAAAUUUAUCGAGCUUCUGAGGAGGGGGACUGCCAAAGAUCGUGAUUCUGCAAUUGAGUGCCUGCGCAAAGAACUUGCUCCUUGUGCUCUCGAUGCCUAUCCGGAAGCAUAUGAAGAGUUUAAGCAUGUUCUUCUUGCACUUAUAUUUGACAAAGAUGAUCAGGCCUCACCUGUGGCAAAUGAGUGGUCUGAAAGAAAGAGGUCUGACAUUGCUGGAUUAUUGUCCUCUGUUCUAAGGGCCCAUCUACAUGCUUAUGACCCAGUCUUUUCGAUGACCUUGAGAUACUUGAUAAGUAUACACAAGGGAUUCUGCUUCCGUCAGGGCAUAUCAUCUCCUAUUUCAGAUCUUACUGAGAGGUUGCUCCUUGAGGAACGUGAUCCCCCUGCAACAACUGAGGAGAGCUUGUAUGAGGCACCCCCUUUUGAUGAGGUUGAUAUACAAGCCCUUGCACAUGCCGUGGAACUUACACGACAAGGUGCAGUUGAUAGCUUGCGAUUUGCUAAAGGCGAUUUAAUCCAGGCAUUUCAGAAUGAACUAUGCCGGAUGAAACUGGAUGUUCCUAUGCUUGAUGAACUUGUUCAUGAAUACUGUGUCUACAGAGGAAUUGUCAACAGUAGUCUGACAUCAAGAUCUGCAUCCUGUAUUCAAAGCCCUGGUAAACCCCUGGAAAUUUAUCAGCAAGACUGUGAAUGUGGCUCCUCAAGAGGUUGUUCUGUUGACAUAGCAUAUAAAUCUGUUGAUCACCCUGACACUGAAACGUCCAUCUGUAAUGCUGAAAUGAGUGGUCCUCAAGUAACUAAUGCUGAUAAUUUAAGCAUACAAUGUGCUGAUGUAGAAUCACGAUUUGCAUAUGAAGUAAUAGGCAACCGUGAAGAUUGCAGCACUAGUGAGACACAUCAGGCUGAAAAUUAUAAAGGGUCUCAAAGGAGUAGAAGUCAUUCAAUUGGACCAAGGAAUAGGCGCAAACGAUGGAGAGGGAGAACUGAGAAGCUAGACUUUGGCCAUGAUGAUUCUGAUACUGUGAGUAGCAAGCAAGAGCUCAUCACUCCAACUCCUGCUGUCAACCCAGAAGGAUUAGAGGAACAACAGGUUUUGGUAAAACAUUCUCCUCCAGAGAAUUUCAAGAAAAAGGGGGAUUGUAAAUAUGAGAUUGUGCUGGAAAUGAAGGAACUAGUUAGUAAGGGAAUGGCUGCUGAGGUUGUGGAAGAAGUGAACACCAUGGACCCAAACUUUUUUGCACAGAAUCCUCUUCUCUUGUUCCAACUUAAGCAGGUUGAAUUCCUUAAACUAGUCACUAGUGGUGAUCAUUCUAGUGCUUUAAGGGUUGCAUGCUCUUAUUUGGGUCCUUUGGCAGCAAGCGAUCCAGCUCUGUUAAAGCCUUUGAAAGAAACUUUAUUGGCUUUGUUGAAACCUAAUGAAGAUGCCCUUGCAAAAGGUGUACCUUUAUCUGUUCUUGCAACCUCACUCCAGGUUGCAAUGGGUAGGAGGCUUGGCAUUGAAGAACCACAACUAAUGAAGAUAAUGAGAGCAACACUUCACUCGCAUAAUGAAUGGUUCAGGAUUCAACUGUGUAAAGACCGUUUUGAAGGACUUCUUAGGAUUGACACAUUGAAAGAAAUUAACACUCCCUUACUUAUUGAUGUUACAUCAAAGGCAAAUGCAGAUACUUCCACAACUGGAUCUUCCCAAAUUACCAUAUCUUCAAGCAGCAGGAUGCCAGAAGAUGGCGGCAGCCCAAGUCAAGUGUCAUCAAGGGAUGUUAUAUGUGAUGAGAGUGCAAUACUUAAAGUAAUGGAAUUUCUUGCUUUGCCAAGGGCUGAUGCCAUUAGUCUUCUAGCACAGUACAAUGGAAAUGCCGAGACUGUAAUACAGCAAAUAUUUGCAUAGUCAUGUACAAUUGUAAUCUAACUGCCUUUAUAUUUCAUUUAUUUUAUUCAGUAUAGUAUUUUCUUCAAUUUGUGUCAUUGCCUCUCAGCUGUAAAUAUAUGCAUGGCCGGUGAAGUUGUGCAAUAGUGCCACUGGCUUUUCUGGUAAAAUGACUUGUACCAUUUCUGUACCCAAGAAUUUUUUUGGGUAUGGUUGUGUAGAUUAUGCCCAUAGGAUACUAAACAGUCGUUGGAUUGAUUCACAUAUGUUUAUCUAAUGAAGGAUACAUGACUGGUUGCCCUUCA